CCAUCACAUUCAAAAAUGUUCAAUUUGUUUGCUGGGCCUACUUUAAAACUGUGCUCAGCGGGUUUUAUCAAGUCCCCUUUGUCUCAGAUGAAGCUAACCAAUGACAGUGGAGAGCUGCAUUGCGAGGUUGUAGGGAACCCUAUUCCUGAGGUGCAGUGGUGGUUUGUAGAGGGCGAGGAGCCAAAUGAGACUUUUACUCAGCUGUUUGAUGGGGCACGGAACGACCGUGUGAAAAUAAAUGCCACAUAUAUAGCACAUGCCACUAGCACCAUUCACCUCACUAGCCUGACCCUUGAAGACUCUGGCACAUAUGAGUGCCGCGCUUCCAACGACCCUGACCGCAAUGAACUGAAGAAGACGCCAAAAAUCAAGUGGAUCCGCUCGCAGGCAAACGUUAUUGUGAUUGAAACACCAAACAUCCGCACUGAACCUUCUGAAGUCACCAACCAAACCUCUGCUGUGCUCAGCUGCAACCUCACAGAUGCCACCAUGUUCAGUAAGGGCUCCCACUGGACUUUUAAUGGCAAAAUCAUUGACAACUCCAAAAAGGAUGACAACAUGCAUCACACUACCCUCAAAUUGGAGAAGAUCACUCAUACCACUAGUGGAAAGUAUGAAUGCGUGUUCUUGACUGAUCCAGAAGUGAAGCAGACCAUUGAAGUCAGAACACUUCCCCAUGUCGCUGCCUACAAGCACUCUGAGCACGGCAAUGAAAAUGACAAAGUUGUGCUGGUCUGUGUGAGUCAUGGAUAUCCACUACCUACUGAUUGGCUCUGGUUCAAACAGAAAGACGAGGAACCCCAAGUUAGUAUCACCAAUGGAACCGACAAAUAUGAGAUCAAGAAUACCCCCAACAAGACCAGUCUGACCAUUAACAACCUGAGCAUCGAAAGUGACCUCGGGCACUACAUUUGCUCUGGAAGCAACGACCUCGGCGUAGCUACUGACAAAAUCAACCUGCGUGUCCGCAGUCGCUUGGCUGCUCUCUGGCCCUUCCUUGGCAUCGUGGCAGAGGUCAUCAUCCUUGUCACGAUAAUCUUUAUCUAUGAGAAGAGGAGAAAGCCUGAUGAGGUCAAUGACGAUGAUGACUCAGGAGCUGCUCCUCUGAAGAGCAAUUCUAAUGCAAACCACAAAGACAAGAAUGUGAGGCAAAGGAACUCUAACUAAAAGCUGAAAGAGAUGGAUGUCCAGACGACACUCCAGGAUUCAGCUGCUGUGUGGCACAAUAUACUGUGCACCUUGCAAUUUUAAGUACCUUUUUGUGCUUGGGUGUUUAAUGUUUAAAAGAAUAUGAUUUCCUCUUGGUUUGGUUUCUUCUAUAUCCCUCUCCAUAUUGUGCAGCCAGAGAACAUGGCGUGAAAUAAUUUCUGCUUGAGACUAUGGGGCAAAUAUUGCAUGAGUUUUUAAAUGCUGUUCUAGCCACGUGUGUAUGUGUGUUGUUGCAAAAUCAUUAGUGUUCACAUGAGGAAUGCGUAGUUUGUGGUUAUUUUCUGUUAAUGCCGAUGCUUCCUGCACUGACCUCAGUUAUCAGUCAUUGGUUUUAUAUUCUCCGAUCUGAAAUGGUGACCUAUAAAUCGAACCAACAUACAGUUAGAGGAUCCGAGCAGUUGUGUUGAUCCUAAUGAAUCACUGCCACUCUGAAUAUAAAAUAAUGAAGGGCAUUUGAAUUCACAUGUUCGGUCCCUUCACCACCACAAACCUCCCUUAGCAGAGUUUUACACUUUGCCUUAACAACCACCAUUUCUUGUCUUUUUUGCAUUUUGUUACCUACCACUAAAUUUUAAUGUGUCGCUUAAAAUGCAGAAAUAAUAGCUAAGAUUCAAUGUGUGCUACCUUUUUUAUUACCACAAGAAGCUAGUGUUUUGAAAAGGGAAUUUUUUUUAAAAAAAAAAAAAAAAAAGCUUUUCCCUGUUUAAAUAUUUUAGAUUGCGUUUCUCAUCGAUGCUUUUGUUGCCGACUUCACAUCCACGGUUGAAGUUUAAGGACCAAGUGCAAGAGAUAUGUUGCUUUUGUCAAAUGCAACUUUUAAUGCUACACACUUAUACAGGCAAAUUGCUGACAAAUAUUGGUUUUAGUUUUAUUCGCUCAGUGUGAUCAGAACUGGUUGUGUGCAACUGUUGGAUCCUUGUCUCUUCCCCUUCAUUGUAUAGAUGACUCAGAAGCCAUAUAUUCCAUUUAACCAAGAGUAGUGUUGUGAUUGGAUAUUUCAGAAUUGCACAGUUUAAGAGACCUAGUCAGCCAGAAUUGUGUCAAUUGUUGUACUUUCCUUCUACAUGGAACAGCAACAUCUCUGUACAACUUGCACAAUAUAAAUUAAAGGUAUUAAAAUUUG